UGAGCAUGUCAACCGGAAAUGAGUAACCCCAAGGGAGAGAUCAACAACACUACGCCAGGCCGCCAAUAUUCUGGGAGAUUUAAACUUCACUCCAGCGAAGAACUUGAUCUUGGGAGCUAUACGAAGGAUAAAACAUGUUAUUCAAAUAGGGAAAAGCAUUGGAUUAAGAAUUAGAAGAGAUUUUCUUUACACUUCUGUCAUAAAACGUGAUUUCAAGUGACGACCAAAUGUGGUCGUAAAUAUUUCGUUUCGUUAAUCAGCACUUGAUUCGGCAACAUGGGGAAAGAUUUUGAACUGCUGCAGGCCGUUAAGGACCAGGAUUUAAUUAGUAUACAGAAGAUCCUUAACAAGAAUAAGCUGUCUAAACACAAACUCAUUGGUUCUACAAAGAGGAUUAAUAUUAACUAUCAGGACAAUGAUGGUAUGGCCGCCUUGCACCAAGCAGCUCUGGUGGGCAGCAAUGAGAUCAUGAGGCUGCUACUGGACGGAGGAGCUGCUGUGGACAUCAAGGAUAACAAAGGCAUGCGUCCUCUCCACUAUGCCUCCUGGCAAGGCAAGGUAGAGCCAGUACAGAUUCUGCUCCAGUAUGGGGCAAAUACCAAUGAUGCUGCAGAGAAUGGGGAAUCCCCACUGCAUUUAGCUUGCCAGCAUGGUCAUUAUGAAGUGGUGAAUCUCCUGUUGCAGCACCAUGCUGAUCCCACACUGAGGAACAAGGAGCACAAGACCCCCCUGGACCUGGCUUGUGAGUUUGGCAGAUAUCGGGUAGCAGAGCUUCUGAUAGACAGUAACCUGUGUAAUUGCCUGCUGAUGGAGACUCCUGAAGACAUGCUGGACAAUACGCGGACUACAGGACUCCAUCUGGCCGCUAAAAACGGGCACGGGGACAUCAUUAGACUCCUCCUUCAAGCUGGGGUGGAUAUUAACAGACAGACCCUACAAGGGACUUGUCUACAUGAGGCUGCAUUGUACGGGAAGAUAGAAGUUGUGAAACUGCUGCUAGAUGUAAGUACAAGCUUUUUAGUUUUCUACAAAGAGAGCAUUUCAUUGUUGUUUAAAUAUUAUUGUGUUUUGUCAUGCAAAAUGUGUAGAUGUG